AUGUCAGACCCUCCAUCUCGCAUCCGCUCUAUUCUCAAUCAUCUUCGCCCUCAUCCCACUGCACCAAUCAACUUUCACACUCUAUCACCCACAACGUUUCUUGAGCGCGCUGCUUCCAUUGAGCCCGAUGCCGAAGCCAUCUUCCACAUCACCGCCAAUGGCGCCGUGCUACGCCGCUCAUACGCUGAGUUUGCUGAUCGCGCCCGAGGCCUUGCUUACUAUUUACUUAAGCAUGGCUAUCGCCGCGUGGGUAUCCUCGCCCCAAACACACCUGCUUUUCUAGAGUCUAUCUAUGGCAUCGUCGCCGCCGGCGCGACCAUUGUCCCGGCUAACUACCGUCUGAAGCCAGACGAUAUUGCAUACAUCUUUGAUUUUGCUGAGGUGGACUGCAUUAUCAUCGACAAUGAGUUUGUGGGCUUGCUUGAUGCGUUCAAAGAGAAGCACAAUAACGUGCCUCUAAUUGUUGAUAUGGAUACUGAUGCCACUCAAGGACAAUUGUCUGGUCCUUUCGACGAUACCAUACUGGAGGGUUUGCAGUAUGAUAUCACACAAGGUAGCCAAGGCUGGGCAGGUCUUCAUGCUCAGGCCCGGAGCGAAGAUGAUAUGCUUGCCAUCCCUUUCACUUCUGGAACCACCUCGCGUCCCAAGGGUGUCGUGUACACACAUCGAGGUGCUUAUCUUGCCGCCAUGGCCAAUAUCAUUGAGUCCGGUCUCAACAUUGGACAAUGCAAAUACCUAUGGACCCUUCCUAUGUUCCAUGCAGUGGGGUGGACAUUCCCCUGGUCAGUUGUCGCCGUUCGUGGUACCAACGUCUGCCUAAGAAAGAUUGAUUACCCUCUGAUAUGGAAACUUCUCAAGGAAGAGGGAAUCACACACUUUAACGCUGCUCCUACAGUCAACACACUGUUGGUGGCCGCCAAGGAAGCUGAGAGACUACCACAAGAAGUCAAAGUGACUGUGGCUGCUAGCCCGCCGACCGGAUACCUCUUUGAACAGAUGACUAAGUUAAAUCUCAUCCCCGUCCAUGUUUAUGGAAUGACAGAAACAUACGGACCCAUCACCAAAUGCUAUACUCUCCCCGGAUGGGAUCAUCUCCCGCCUGCUGAAAAGUACGCAAAGAUGUCCCGGCAAGGUCACGGCUUCAUCACAAGCCAACCGAUCCGAGUCAUCAAGCCAGACCAGCCACAGGGUGUCCUUAUCGACGUCGCCAAAGACGGCAAGGAGAUCGGUGAGAUUGUAUUUAUCGGCAACAUCUGCGCCAAGGAAUACUAUAAGGACUCCGAGGCCACGCGGCAGCUGUUCGCUGGAGGCGUGCUUCACUCUGGUGAUCUUGCGGUGUGGCAUCCCGACGGCAGCGCCCAGAUCCAGGACCGAGCAAAGGACAUCAUCAUUUCGGGCGGCGAGAACAUCUCGUCUGUUGCCCUCGAGAGCAUGUUGGCCCAACACCCGGAUAUCCUCGAGGCCGGCGCUGUAGCAGUCCCGGAUUCGCACUGGGGUGAGCGACCCAAGGUCUACAUCACAGUCAAGGAAGGCAAGAGUGUCACAGGGGAUGAGGUGAUUUCGUGGGCCAAGCAUCAGAGUGAUAUUAGCAGAUUUAUGGUUCCGCGAGAGGUUGAGGUUGUUGAUGAGCUGCCAAAGACCAGCACAGGCAAGAUUAAGAAGAAUGUUCUUAGGGAAUGGGCCAAGCAUGGGAAGGCAUAG